CUCCCACCGUCAGCUACCCAGUCACGGUCCUCGACCCCCCGGGUCAUGCCCGCCUCGCUUGUGCUGCGAGAUCCUUGGCCAGAGCGUACACCCGAACCGAGGGCCGCAAGCAAGGCCGGCGCCAUUUCACCGCGGGAUGCAGCUUACAGGCUCCGUGUCGGGACGUCCAAGUCCAAGCUUGCACGACAGAUCGUAGCGGACCAGAGCACCGUCGCGGCUGCCAAGACACAAUGCGAAACGUUCUCUGGGAAUGAGGUCAUGUCGUGCUUCCCGACUGCUGACAUCGUCAUACCACAGCAUCAAUGGGCUACUUUCGUUUGGAACUCAAACAAUCCACUUUUUGUUCAGAGUAACCGUGUCGACGUCUACCUAUUCCACGGAGACUCGUUACAGCAAAUUUUUCGGAUACCCAAUCUUGUCAACCCGAAGAAUCAAGCUGGUUCUGUCACUGCGCAGGUCAACGAUUCAUGGUGGGGAACCCGAGGAUCCAACUGGGCGGGGCAAAACAUUUCAUAUCCCUUCUACUGGCUUAUCCAGCCCGCGGGGGAGAGUCUCACAGAUGGUCUACAGAGACCCCAGGCCACUUUUUCGGCCGUUCACAGCUACAACGACCACAAGUGCUGCCGGGGGUUCUCGACAGGGGGCCUGGUCACUGGAUCCGUCCAGGCCAGCACCGGCGAUCCGUUCCCGUCUUGGGCGAUUGGGGUUAUCGUUGUUGGACUCGUCCUAUUGGUGUCGGUCGUGGCAUUGAUGCUUUUUGGCAUCUAUUAUCUCCGAGAGCGGGAACGACACCGGGGCGGACCGUACUCUCAAACAGGUUCUCCGCUGUCUGGGGGCCCUGAUAUGGCGCAAGCAGACGAAGCCAUUGUCGGUGGCGCUAUUGGUGCAGGUGGCGGGAAUCGACUGGCGCGGGAAUCGAGCACCACCUCACAUGGGCACCGGACGUCGCAGUCGCUCUCUCACGGGCACUCUCAGCGGACGACCUCACCCGAUUCGGCGCUGACCCGAGCGUUUUCGGGUGCGGAUGCUGCUAUCAUGGCCCAGGCGUUCCGCAAAGAACUUCGUCACGCUGGUGGCCCGCUGGAUGAAGAAGAAGAGGACCCGGAGGGGGCCAGGACACCCGUUCGCCAUGAACACGAUACCUUGCUGUGA